AUGGCGUUCGGUUUACUCGUCUCCGCCGGCCGCUUUCCGAUCACCCCCAUUUGGAUAGGGAUGAAUGAGGAUAAGACCUCCACGGUUUUAGCCAUUUUUGCAAAAGGCAACCCUGCAUAUAUGGGUGGUGCUUCAGAAUCAGAAUCAUCGGAUCUGUCGGUGAUAUUGCCCCGAGUUCUCAUUGUCUCGAGGCGAUGCGUUCGCAAGAACAAAUUCGUCGAUUUCGUAGGCGAAUACCACCUCGAUCUGAUCGUGAGGUACGGCGCAGUCCCGGUGAUAGUCCCGCGCGUGAGCGGCGUCCACACCCUGGUGGACAGCUUCGGCCCCAUCCACGGAGUCCUGUUGUGCGAGGGAGAGGACAUCGACCCAUCCCUCUAUAAUAACAAUUCUUCCCAAGAUGGAGAUGCUAAUUCCCAUUCCCUCUCCCCGGAGGAGUUGGAUGAGAUCCGUCUCACCCACGCCUCGGACACUGCCCUCGACCGCGAGAAGGAUGCCAUAGAGCUGGCCCUCGCUAAGCUUUGCCUUGAGCGUAACAUCCCGUAUCUGGGCAUCUGCCGAGGCUCCCAGCUCCUGAAUGUGGCCUGUGGGGGUACCCUUUACCAGGAUGUAGACAAGGAGUUGUCGAGAGGAGCGGUGGCCCACAUCGACUACCAAAACUACGACGCCCACCGGCACCCGGUACGUCUCGUCCCCCACACACCACUGCACGACUGGUUCGGGAUGGAGGAGAUAUGGGUCAACAGCUAUCAUCAUCAGGGGGAGUUUGUCAAUGCGGUAAUUGCAUAUCACAAAAGGCUUAAUACAUCCGCCUCGAUUCCUACUGGUGUGCCCGUGCCCAACCCUAUAAGGCUUGAUGGGGAAAUGGAGAAGAAAAGAAAGGUUAUCGUCAGGAGCUUUUCGCUUGCACGAAAUAUUUAUCAACGUCCCCACACAAUUACUUCCUCUAAGCAAUCUCAACUUGAGGCUGGGGCAGAGUUUCUUGAGUCGAAUACAGCUCUGAGCCUGCAACAAGAAACCAGACUAAAGCAAAUGGGAGCUACUGUAAGGAACGCAUCUUCCUACUUGGAAAGGUUGAGAGUAAAGGAGGGGAGGGAGAAAUUAGCAAGAAACGUGAUGGGGAAUAUGACGGUCGAGCAGCUAUCGGAUCUCAUGUCUUUCUACAACAUGAUGGGCCAGAUAUGUUCUGAGGUCUUGGAUCGAAAACUUCAUGGGAUAGUCAAUGAGCUCACACCUUGA